CCUCAUCUUCUCCUUCCCGAUCUUUUUUUCUUUCUCCGCCAGCGAGAGACCCUCUCCCCUUCCGCCGCGACGCGAUGAUGGGAGUGAGGCGAACAGCGCGUCCUUAAAGGCCCUUCGUCCCCCUGUGGGCCUCCUUGAAGCGCCUCUCUUGACCUCCCAAAAAAAAAUCCCUUCUUCUUCCCCCCUUCCUCCGCCGACCUCAAAAGAUUCCCACAACCCUAAAUUCUCCCGCUUCCCCCUUCUGCUCCUCGCCGAGAUCUCGCGAGAUCCGCUGCGUCCUCCUCCAGAUUCCACCCAUUUGAGAUCGGCUAGGUUUUUUGGUUCAUGUUCUGCGAUGUCGUCCAUCCUGCCGAAGAAUGAGACCGUCCAGAUCCGGGAGGUGUGGAACGAUAACGUCGACGCGGAGUUCGCUCUAAUUCGCGAGAUUGUUGAUGAUUUCCCGUAUGUUGCCAUGGACACUGAGUUCCCGGGCAUCGUCGCCCGCCCCCUCGGCAACUUCAAGACGAGCUCCGACUUCAACUACGCCACCCUCAAGGCCAACGUCGACAUGCUGAAGCUGAUCCAGCUGGGGCUCACCUUCUCGGACGAGUCCGGCAACCUCCCUACCUGCGGCACCGGCCACGGCUGUGUUUGGCAGUUCAACUUCCGGGAGUUUGACGUCCACCAUGAUAUAUUUGCAUCCGACUCCAUCGAGCUCCUCCGCCAGAGUGGCAUCGAUUUCAAGAAGAACAAUGAGAGGGGCAUCGACACCAACCGCUUCGGAGAGCUUCUCAUGUCGUCGGGCAUCGUGCUCAAUGAUUCUGUCCACUGGGUCACCUUUCAUAGUGGUUAUGAUUUUGGGUACCUUCUCAAGCUGCUCACUUGUCAGAACCUUCCCGAUACCCAGGCCGGCUUCUUUAAUCUGAUCAAGAUCUACUUCCCGACGGUCUAUGACAUCAAACACCUGAUGAAGUUCUGCAACAGCCUCCAUGGUGGGCUCAACAAGCUCGCGGAGCUGCUCGAUGUCGAGAGGGUCGGGAUCUGCCACCAGGCCGGAUCGGACAGCCUGCUCACUUCGUGCACAUUUAGGAAGUUGAAGGAGUCGUUCUUCAACGGCUCCACUGAGAGAUAUGCAGGCGUGUUGUAUGGUCUGGGUGUUGAGAAUGGACAGAAUACUCAUUGAGUAAAAAAAAUCAGUAUUAUUAAUAAGAUCAUGAAUGAAAAAAAAAGGUUUGUUUGGUGAGUAUAUGU